UCUCUGUUCCGCUCUCGUUAUCUCACGCAUAUCAAUACUACUCUGAUUUUUAGUAUUCUUGGUUAGAUUCCAGCAUCCCAAAUAGUUCUUGAUUGUAUUUUAGGGUUGUUUUUGCAAUUUUGGGAAAAGAAUAAUACUCAUCCCAAUUUUGGAAAAAGAACCUCUAAGCACCGGUCAGCCCUCUGUAGCAGCUUACCGGCCAGCACCCCUGAGCCCUCUCUGGUUAUUCUCCGGCCAGCACCCAACUCCGCAUUCAUCAGUUUCCGGCGACUCUCAGGCGACCCGACUCAGCCACGUGCAGCCGGACGGUGGUGGCUCGUCCUACUCUGGUGGAUUCAACUCCUCGCGGCAGCAGAUUUACAAGUGGCAAGUAACCCACGAACAGUUCGUGCGACGUCCCCCAGUUCUUCUUCUCCAGCCAACGAGCUGCAGCGGCGCUAGCCACUGAAAUCACCUGUGCAAAAGUUUGAAGGGCUCAAGUUCAUAAGGCGUCAAGGGCCAAAAAUGCAGCUCACACUCACUCAGCCUGAUGAUUGGCAUCUUCAUCUUCGUGAUGGCGAUCUCUUGAAAGCGGUUCUCCCUCAUAGUGCAAGUACCUUUGGAAGGGCUAUUGUGAUGCCAAAUUUGAAGCCACCCAUCACUACAACAGCUGCUGCUGUGGCUUAUCGAGAUUCUAUCUUGAAAGCAUUACCAUCCAAUAGCAACUUCGUUCCUCUUAUGACCCUUUAUUUGACAGAUACAAUGAGCCCCAAUGAGAUCAAGCUUGCAAGAAGAAGUGGGGCCAUUUACGCUGUAAAAUUGUAUCCUGCUGGUGCUACAACCAAUUCCCAAGAUGGCGUUACAGAUCUUUUUGGGAAGUGUCUACCUGUCCUUGAGGAGAUGGUUGAACAGGAUAUGCCUCUGCUGGUUCAUGGCGAGGUAACAAAUCCUGAUGUCGACAUGUUUGAUCGUGAAAAGGUCUUCAUUGAAACUGUGUUGAAACCCCUGAUUGAGAGGCUUCCAAAACUGAAGGUGGUGAUGGAGCAUAUUACCACUGCAGAUGCUGCUAAGUUUGUUCAGUCUUCCGAACAUGGACUUCUAGCAGCAACUGUCACUCCACAACAUCUUCUUCUCAACAGGAAUUCUUUAUUUCAAGGAGGAUUGCAGCCACAUAAUUACUGUCUUCCAGUACUCAAGAGAGAGACGCACAGGCAGGCAAUUGUAUCUGCUGUGACCAAUGGAAGUAAAAUGUUUUUCCUUGGAACCGAUAGCGCUCCACACGAGAGACAAAGGAAAGAAUGUCCUUGUGGUUGUGCUGGUAUAUACAGUGCCCCUAUUGCCUUAUCAUUAUAUGCAAAGGUGUUUGAAGAGGCGGGUGCUCUUGAUAAAUUAGAAGCAUUUACAAGUUUCAACGGACCAGACUUCUAUGGGCUCCCCAGAAACACCUCAAAAAUUACACUGCAAAAGGCCCCAUGGCAGGUUCCAAAGUCUUUUUCAUUUCCCUUUGGAGAUAUUGUUCCUAUGUUUGCAGGUGAGACACUUGAGUGGCAGCCAUGUUUCAACUGAGACUAACAAGUUCCAAUGUUGCUUACAUACACAAUAACACCACAUUUUAGGCAUAUCCUCCAUUCUCUGAUUAGCUAGACCGAUGUUGAUUUCCCACAAUUAAAACGUUUUACUGUUGGAUUAUUUAUGUAUGAUCCCUCCCAUCUUUUUGAAAUAAAAUCACGAAGAACUUUUGAUUUGAA